ACUACAACUGCAUUGCAGACAUUCCUGCUGGCUAUUGUGCUUUAUCCUGGCAUCCAAGCCUGUGCUCAUGUGGAAAUUGAUCAAGUUAUGAGGCAUGAUAAAAUGCCAUGCCCUGAUGAUAGGGUGUCACUGCCCUACCUUGAUGCCAUUCUCUGCAAGGUCCUGAGAUGGUAUCCUCUUGCCCCCCUAGGAAUUCCACAUGCAACAUCAAAUGAUGAUGUUUAUGGUGGGUACUUUAUACCCAAAGGUUCAAAUUCGUACAAUUUGAGGGCACUGUCUUGGGAUGAAGACAUGUAUCCCAAUGCAUCAUGUUUCAAUCCUAGUCACCAUCUGACAGUUGAUGGGAAGCUGAGGGAUCCUUUUGUCCACCAUUGUGCCUUUGGUCAUGGCAGGUGA